UCCAUCCACAAGGGCGAAAAAUGCCAAGCAGCAUUCCUUCCAAUAUCAUUCCAUUCGCAAGUUCGCCAAAUCUAAACCAGCAUGGGCAAGAAACUGGCCAACCGAAAGGAAGCCAAUCCGACGAAGCGAAUGACAUCUGGUGGCGGCGGAGGUGCCGAGAUGCAGUUGGACCAGCGCGGCGACGGUCUCUACAGCGGGACCUUUCGGUGGACGGACAGCAAGGCUUUCCCCAGUCUCCCCCCUCGACCCCUCCAUGGUUCUGGCAUCCCAACCGAACCUUUGGAAAGUGGCUGGCAAGGUUAUUUGACCAAGUGUCACACCGCCCACAAUCUCGUGCCAAUGGCAACCCAAGACCCGUCUUUUCUCGACGCUCUGUCGUUUCCAAUGACAUUUGUUUAUGCCGCUAAGACGUUGGGGCUCAUUGCCCGUAGUACUUCCAACGACCAAGAGCGCCGUCAUGUGGUGGUGGUGGGGGCGACAGUGAAAGCCGAGCAGCGAAUCUUCCAUAUCACGUCGUACUGGGACGAGGUUGCCGCGUUCUUUCCAGAGUUUCAAAUCACGCUGUGGUUUGUGGGGCCUGAAGUUGACAGUACGCGAGAUCCAACCUCCAAGGCGUCGCCGUUGAAUGUGCACUUUGUCCAGGGCACGGCAGGGGCGUUCUUGGCAGGCCAUCCCGCCCUCACAGCCCACAACUCUGUGCUUGUGGGGUACAACACCGGGUUUGGCAAUUUUGUAGAGUCGAACCGAUACGAUUUGCUCUGGAGUUGGCUGCCUGACUUAGUUGCUAUCGCAGACUCGGGCAUUCCGAGCAUUUUUGCAUGUGCAAACGACUAUGCAGACUUAAACGGAGAGUUUGCGAUUCAGUCUCGUGUGGUGGGGGCCAAUAUGGUCCUGCUGCCCAAGGAAAACCCAUUCUCGGCAGCCUCGCAUCUCCAUGAAGAAGGCAAGAAAGAGUCUGCUUGGUCCCGAGCGAACAGCUUCCUCUACGUUAUUCAAGGCGCUGACUCGUCACGCAGACACAAUCUAAAGCACGGCGACGUAAUGGGGCUCAACGCUCGAUUGGACCAAGUCCUCAACUUGCAUUAUGAGGACCGCCUUGGUCGCCACUUCUUCCUGGGGAUGAUACUCUCAAAGGAUCAAGCAGCACGAAGCAAGCUGCUGCAGAAGUUGCAUGGUCCGGACAACCAAGCGAUGCCAAGCCCGGCGAAGCAGGCGGUUGUUGGCCUAGCUCGUACAUCGGACAAGGAUCUGUCGACAGUGACACAGGCCAUGAGCAAAGUUGUCGUGAGCGAUGCCGCUGGCAAUCAAUUCAACCACGACAUUACCCAGCCUGAAUACACGAUCAUGUCUAACGCUGCCAAGACCGACAUGCGGAUCACUGUAUCAAUGCCACGAAUGGAGAGUGCUCAAGACCUGCAACUUGACUUGUCGAAGAGAACGCUCCGAGUCAUAGUGCCUAGCAUGUACCUGCUGGAAUUGCAUCUGCCAUGGGAUGUCGCCACCUCGAGGGAUAGCAUGCAGGCGGUGUAUGUGAAGAAGAGUUGCACGCUGUGCAUCGAGUUGCGCUCAGAGUUCUUGUGAUUUCGAUAUAACCGGAUGCAUCUUCCGGAUAAAAUAAAGACGUGCUCAAAUUUCGAAGCAGCA